AGCGUCCUGAUAAAAAGAAAUGAGUGACUGAUAAGGGAAAUGCUUACCUUCGUGACAUGAGAGGAUGGGUAACCUCGCUGCUAUUAUUCGUUAUCUCCUGUUACCAUGGUUACUGUCUCACUGAUGAGGAGCUUAAGGUGGUUCGGGAUGCGGUGAUUAACAGACCUAACCUUGUUAUAAAUGGUAUUCAGUUGUCUCAGCUGGAGAUGAAAGAAGAGAAUGCUGGAAGGCUGUCGUUUAGAACUAACAGUAAACCUGGCUACAUAGAACCCGACAAGUCGGGCUAUCCGGUGGAUAAAGAUGUCCAACUUAAUAUACCCAAGUUCCCGAUGUACGGUGACAGGUCUAGUUGCCUCCCCACGGGGGAGCCCGUGGGAAUAACAAUACUGGGAACUUUGAUAUACUCCGUGUCUCUUGCCCUUCCAGGCUGCCCCCAAGCAGAUGAGCCAGUGAUCGGGGACGGUAUCCCAGAUGGGGUGAAAGAACCUGAUUUUGAUGAGUGUGGAGGUCAAGUGGGAGAGAAUAGAACGUAUCGGGUUUACACUUGGAGUGACUGUUUUGAAACUCUCACUUGUUCCGAGCCUUCCGGAAUGAUUGGUGUUGCUUUAGAUGGUUACCCUAUAUACGGUCCGAUAGACGAAACAGGAAGACAGCUCACGACUGCGGACCUUGACGAGUGUCACGGCAAAGUCUCUGAUGGCCAAUACAGGUACCACGCGACUGUAGACUACCCUUACUUCAUCUCCUGUUUCAAGGGAAUUGUUCCCGAGGACGUUGGAAUAAGAUACCCGAUAAAAUGCACGUGUCCGUACGAUGAUACACCUUAUAUUGACCCUGAUAGGAUACCCUUUCCCAAUUACACAAUAGCCUACGAGUGGACGCCCAUUUACCGCAAUUUAUCACUAUAUCCCUGUCAACUUUGUUCGGGGGUUAGAAAAUACAACACAGCUUUCAGUUCGGAUUCGUGGCUCAACUAUAACAAAGUAAAGCAGAUAGUACAGGUGUGUAACAUAACUACAGAUAGCAGAUUUACUGAUGUUAUCAAGAGGAGGUUAACUCAAGGCCGGCUACCUCCUGAUAAGGAAUACAACUAUUUUAGAUCCCUCAGUAACCCGCAUGACAGUUAUUUCAAAGAGAACACCUCCCCCAAAUCAAAAUCAGAUGCUCUUGGGCUUACGUGGCGGACAUUGGACUUUAAAGCAAACUUCUUUUCGAUCUUGUGGGCAUAUGUAAUCUACUGCUUCCUUUGAUUUCAUAUUGCUCUUGUAUUUUAUAAUUUUUUAGUUGGUUCAAAUAGGAUUAGGAGUGACACAAUAAGUAAAGACUAUUGUUAAGCAUACGCAUUUCAGACUGUAACAAUGAAAUAAAAUCGAUGACACUGUAUAUUUUUUUGUUCUCAGGGAAUUGAUCUCGUGAGAAAAAACAAUUAUCACGAUCAAGGAUAUUGAAUAUAAACUUUACUUUUAUAUUAAACUUCCGAUGUACAUCAACAACAGCUUAAAUGAACUUUAUCAUAAUCAAACUGAAUUAAGCAUUUGAUUCCAAACAUGAAUAAUUUCAUACAGCAAGUUACAUUUUAUGCAAUUUUAUAAUUAAUGAUUUAAUUAGAUUAUCCUUCUUUUCGACAAUUUUUAUUUUUAAAACUUUAUACAUUAAUACAC